GGUAAUCGGGCGUUCACUUACAAACAUGGCCACACAGUCUCUAACAUUGAACAAUGGCCAUAAGAUGCCUCUUGUAGGGCUUGGCUCCUGGCAGGUUUCAUCUCCCGAGGAGUGCAAGGACACUAUCCGUGCGGCACUGGACGCUGGCUACAGACAUAUCGACACAGCCUACGCAUACCAGAACGAGGCUUUCAUUGGGGAGGGGCUCCAGGAAUACUUCAAGACCGGGAAGCUGAGGAGGGAGGACAUUUUUGUUACAACGAAGCUUUGGUUGACGUACCAUGAGAAAGACCGAAUUCCCCUGUGCAUCGCUGAAAGCCUUAAGAAGUUACAGUUGGACUAUGUGGACAUGUAUCUUAUCCACUUUCCUGUAGGACUGAGAGAAACGGGCAAAGGAGAACCUUUACCACUGGAUGAAAACAACAAACCUGCAUUCCAGGAUGUUCUCCUGACGGAUAUGUGGAAGGGGAUGGAACAGGUGGCUCGUAGUGGCCAAGCCAAAUCUAUUGGUGUCUCAAAUUUCAACAUGGAACAGAUUGAGAGGAUAUGCAAGAUAGCUGAAAUAAUACCAGCCACAAACCAGGUUGAGUGUCAUUUGUAUCUCCAGCAAGAAAAGCUGUUUCAGUUUCUCAAGGAAAAGGGGAUAACUGUUACAGCCUACAGCCCUCUCGGUUCACCAACUCGACCAGCUAACAUCCUGAAGGAAGGAGCUCCCAGAGUUCUAGAUGACCCAGUUGCUAAGGAUCUGGCCACAAAGUAUAAAAGAUCUGUAGGACAGAUUCUCCUCCGCUAUCUCGUCCAAAGAGGCAUGAUUGUUAUCCCGAAGAGCAGCAAUCCUUCAAGAAUUCGUGAAAAUGUGAAGGUUUUCGACUUCGAACUGUCUGGCGAUGAUGUGUCAAAGCUUGCAGCUCAAGACAAGAAACUGCGUUUUUUUACCGGCUUGGAAUUCAAAGGUCACUCAGAAUACCCCUUUGACGAGCCUCUCUGAAAUGGGAAAUC